AUGUCUGGUAUUCAAGAGUGAGAUGGUAAAGCAGCUUCAGGAGGAGAACUUGUCCAUGAGACAGCAACUGCUGCUGCUGCAGAGUUCAGCCAGAGCAGGCACCGUGGGUGAUGUUGCUACUCUUCAGUCAAAGCUCAAACAGGCUGCACGCUUGAUCUCCAGCCUCAGUCAGGACAAACAGCAACUCAUUGAAAUGGGCAACAGGCUCCGGGCGCAGCUGAUAGAAGCAGGACUGGAGGGUCCACGACACUCAAAGAUCACUCUCAAACCAAAUGAUCCAGAGCACAGUCUGGUGGAAAAAGAACCCUCUCAGUCCGAGCAUGGCGUGCAGCCAAAGAGCCGCUUAUCUACCCUGGAACAGUUACAGUACCAGCUAACCACUCAGGAGCUACAAUAUGCACAAAGAGAUCAGAAUAAGAAAAUGGCGAUUAUAGUCCGUCCCCAAUUCUCUGAGAGUGAGAGUUCGGACAAACGUAGAACUGCCAACCCAUGGGAGCCUCCAAUCAGAGUCCAGUCUGUGGGCAGUAAAGAAAACACUCCUCCGCAGAACCAAUCUGAAGCUCCGGUACCACUGCCUGGGUCAUCGCACUUUCUGUUGUCACCCAUAGGCGCUGAUGAUUCCCUACAGAAUGUGUGGAAGAUGUUAGAUCAAGGUUUGAGUUCCUCUGUGUUUUCUACAAGUGACAGUGAGGACAAAGGUAGAGUGGCUACAGCAAACCGAGGACACUCCGAUAUUAAUCAGCCUCCCGCUGCACCGGUCAGUGUGGAGGGCACAAAAGCAUCACUCCAGGAAAAGAAGAAACCAAAUCAGACAACAUUUGCAUCUGCUAAAAAGACACGUCCUGCUGGAAAUAAGAGCAAGAUUCGGAAUUACAACAUCAAAGACUGAAAAAAAAUCAUUUUGGGCCACUCCAUUUAAAGAACUGUCUCAUUUGAAGUGCCUCAUUAUUAUUUGUUCAUUUUGCAUCAUGCAAUUUUUUUUUAUAUUUGUACCUUUUGUAAAUGUUUGAAUAAAUUAUUGCAUAAUUUGACCAAUAGGCAAGUGAGUCUUUUAAUAGUAAGAAGCAGCAUCUAUGAUGAUAAGGGGGGGGGGGGAAUCAAGA